AUGGACUGUGCACCGCCAGCCGGGGAUGAUGAAGGCGUGCGGUGAGCUCUUCUGGCUGGCGCUUUUCAUCCGGGCUGUAGACUGGACUUUGGGUCUGGGGCCAAACAAAAACGUGGAGUUUACGUUUCUAUUACCUGCCGGCGGCACUGAGUGUUUUUACCAAACUACAGCGAAGAACGACAGCAUAGAAGUUGAAUACCAGGUGAUUGGUGGGUCGGGUCUGGACGUCGGCUUUGUCCUCGUCUCGCCCGGCGGACACCGGCUGGUCUCUGACUUCAGGAGUUCUGAGGGCCUCCACAUGGUGAAUCCCGCCGAGGACGGAGACUACCGCUUGUGUUUCGACAACAGCUUCAGUAAAGUGUCAGCGAAGAUGGUGUUCUUCGGAGUGACGGCAAAUAGACAGAGCAGCGGUGCGUACGGAGGCCAACGUGACGUGGUGUUGCCAGAAAGCGUGGUGGACUACAAACUGGAGGACAUCAGGGUGAGGUUGGACUCCGUGCACCAGGACCUGGAGAGGAGCCGCCAGGUCCUGACGGGUCUGCGGACCCGAGAGGCGAGGGAUCGCCACCUGCUGGAGGACAACCUGUGGCGCGUGUCCUUCUGGUCCUGCCUCAACGUGUUGGUCCUGCUCAUCGUCGCCGUGACUCAGAUCUACACCUUGCGCCGCCUCUUCGAUGGCGCCAGGCGGAUGCGCGCGUAGUCACGGAAACAUCUGCUCCCGCUGCGGAUGGAAGUUGGACCCAUAUACCUUCAGUAAUUUAACCUGGAUUUUAAAGGGACACCUCACACUCUUGAAAAACAUAUUUAAAUAGGUUUUUAUUUGCGGAAGUUGACUGCUAGUUCCCUCGACUAAAACAUUGGAUUUCGUGUUGUUGGGUUGAAAUUGAAGACGUUUGGUAUUUUAAUUUUUUUUGCUCGUUUGCCACCUUUGAACCCUUUAAUUCUCUGCUCUGCCGUUUCAGAGCACAUUUUGAGUCAUUAUAUGUUAUUGAAAAAUGUAUUGACCCUAACGUAACAUGAUUAAGUCAUCCAUAUUACUUUUGAGUUGUAAAAAACGAUAAGAUUAUUAUUGCUCAGAAAGUAAAAAUUCAAACUUUCCAUUACUUUACCAUCGAGAAAAUUAAAGGGAUAU